AUGGCGGCGAGUCAGGGAGGUGUGGGAGCCGUAACGGCUCUUCAAAACCAUCACUAUUCGAACGGACCUCACUGGAACCCGGGCGUUCUACAGCAUCAGCACCAGCUACACACUGCCCGGAGCUUGGACCGCGCUUUGGAUGAUGCCGUAUGCUCGGGGAUGUUGAAUAUUAGCGGCAGGAAAUUGAGGGACUACCCUGGGCUGAACUACGAUCUCACCGAUACUACACAAGCAGAUUUGUCCAGAAACCGCUUCACAGAGAUCCCUCCCGAGGUGUGUCUGUUCGCUCCGCUGGAGGCUCUCAACCUCUACCACAACUGCAUCAAAUGCAUCCCCGAGGCCAUCAUCAACCUGCAGAUGCUCACCUACCUGAACAUCAGUCGGAACCUCCUGUCCACACUGCCAAAGUACCUGUUCAACCUCCCGCUCCGGGUACUGGUGGUCAGCAACAACAAGCUGGUGGCCAUUCCCGAAGAGAUCGGCAAAGCCAAAGACCUCAUGGAACUGGACAUAAGCUGUAAUGAGAUUCAGGUGCUGCCCUCUCAGAUAGGGAAAUUACUGGCCUUACGAGAACUCAACAUCAGGAGGAACUGCCUUCAAGUGCUACCAGAUGAGCUGUCAGAUCUUCCCCUCAUCCGUCUGGACUUCUCCUGUAAUAAGAUCACAGAGAUCCCCACGUCCUACAGGAAACUGAGGCAGCUUCAGCACAUCAUUCUCGACAAUAACCCCAUGCAGUCUCCACCCGCACAGAUCUGCCUGAAGGGCAAAGUUCACAUCUUUAAGUAUCUGAACAUCCAGGCCUGUCGCACGGACAAGAAGCCAGACUCCCUCGACCUGCCCUCCCUCGGGAAACGCUGCCUACCUCCACCUUUAACAGACAGCAUGGAGGAUUUUUACCCCAGUAAGAACCACGGCCCUGACUCAGGAAUUGGCAGCGACAAUGGGGACAAGAGGCUCUCCACCACAGAGCCCUCGGACGACGACACUGUCAGUCUGCACUCGCAGGUGUCCGAGACAGCCAGGGAGCACGGCAGGGCGGAUACACACUCUCUACUAGUCAAGCUGGACUGUGGCAAAGUAGCAGAUCAGGACCCCUAUGACUUCAUUGACCCAAACCAGGAGGAAGAGGCGGCCUUGUCGGAGGGAGAUGUACGACAGAGCACCUCCUUUGUCUCCUGCAUAAAGGAACUUGAGAAGGUUCUCAACAAAUCACACCAAAGCAAAGACAAGGAGAACGGGAAAGAGGAGUCAGGCUCAGAGAAAGAGCAGCUCGCUGAGGAAGAGGAGGAUGAACUGAAGGAGGUUCUGGACCUGAGGAAGAUUGCAGUCCAGCUGCUACAGCAAGAGCAGCAGAACAGACGGCGGUCCUUAAUUUGUAGAGCUGAGAGCCUUAUCCACCGCAGGAGGGCUGCAGGCCGUGCUCACAGAUUUCUUAGUCAUUCUGGAGGAAGCAGCAAACAGAGGUCGCCUUCUCAAGCCGUCCGGAGUGCAUCAUUGGACGAGGGAAGCAGCUCUGCCUCAGCUUUGAGUGGACAGGAUGCUGAUCUCACCGAUGAGGACACAGCAUUUUCUGAGCCGUCCACUUCCUGCUCAUUUGACGGUAGCCUGAAGUCUGACAACAGCAGCUCCGAGCCCAAUUGGCCCGAGGUGCCACCAGUGCUGAAUCAGAACGAGGACCGGCGCAGGAACAAGUACCUGAGGAAGGACUACCUGAAGUACAAGUGCCAGAGUGCCCGAAGAAAUUCCAGUGGUCAUGAUGAUUGCGAGGACGGAGUACGGGCAUCUGAUUUUACCACUGCACUCACUGUGUUUGGCCUGAAGCCCAGAUCAGCGUUCUCCCGAGGAAGCCGGCAGGAGUACAACACUAUCGACCCCAGCUUCACGAUGCGGAGAAAGAUGGAGCACCUGAGGGAAGAGAUGGAACAGAUACGCCUCCUUCGACAGAACCUGGAGUCUAGGCUGAAGGUCCUGUUGCCAGAUGAUGUUGGGGCAGCCUUGAUGGACGGUGUGGUGCUAUGCCAUCUGGCAAACCAUAUCAAGCCUCGCUCUGUGGCCAGUAUCCAUGUGCCCUCUCCUGCAGUGCCAAAACUCAGCAUGGCCAAAUGUCGUCGGAAUGUGGAAAACUUCCUUGAUGCCUGCAAGAGGCUCGGUGUGCCACAGGAUAAGCUGUGUCUGCCUCACCACAUCCUGGAGGAGAGAGGCCUGGUGAAGGUGGGAGUGACCAUUCAGGCUCUACUGGAACUGCCCGUCUCCAAGCCCACCCAGCUGUCUACAAUGUAGCCCCCACUGCCAGCCCAUCCCCUAUAUACACACACACACACACACACACACACACACACACACACACACACACACACACACACACACACAACAACAACAACACACACACACACACACACACACACACACACACACACACACACCACCACCACCACCGUCGUCGUCGUCAUCACCAGUGUGCUUCUCUCCAGACUCCGCUCAGUACUCAAUCACCAUUUGAGGUGGCUAACACAGCACACGCUACGAUAACAAGGGGUGAGAGUGUCUGUGCAGAAGCCAUCCACCCAGCCGCCACCGGUAGACACACUGACCACCCUCGCGCUAGACCUCAGUGACCCACUGGUGACCUUGCCACCAUCUGAACAUUCACCGCACCUCCUGCUAGCCUGCUAAGUGCCCGGUCGCCCCCGCCCAAACCCCCGGGAGUCCCUCUGGAAGGGAGGCCCGUGAUCUGACUCUGCCCGCCGCUGUGGACCGGUCAGCCUGUCGGACUGAGGGCAAGGCCCCCCUCUGAGAUCCCAACUGCCCCGGCCCUCCCCAAGCUGGUUGAAUUUGGAGCGAGUGCCUGCCUGCACCCUCCUGCAUGACGUCAGCUGGACCCGAGCACGUCUCUCGACUCUACCCACUGUACGUGGGAGCGUGUGUUUGUGAGAGUGUGUAUGUGUGUGUGUGUCUGUGUAUGUGUGUGUGUGUGUGUGUCUGUGUGUGUGUAACUGUGUAGGAAAGACCGAAAGAGGAGAAAAUGUGGGGGGAUUUGGGAGUGUUUGUAGCCAUGAUUGUAAUAAUUCAGGCUUUUCUUUCAGAGGGUGACAGGAAAACAGAGAAACAAACAAAGUUAACAUCAUAAACAUCAUAUAGUGACAGACAUGGUAUAGGACAGAGAAGGGUCACCAUGUCCACAACAGCAUAAUUGUGUCACCAAGGCAAUCUGUCUUCCGAUGAAUACCUAUGUGACAGUAGAGAGAUCUUCGCUGUGCAAAACAACGAUUUUAGAACACUAUACUCUAAGAUCUUUGCAGUGCACAGUGCCCUGAAGAUCUUUGCAGUGCACAGUUCUAGGUAGUUGUGAAAUUGAAGCAAGGUAGGUCUGAGACCAGUACUGUACAGUCAAAGGUUCUCCCAAAGGGAACUGCAUGCAAGCAUACUACCUAUAGUUACAGUAUACAGACACUCAAAAUGAGCCUUUGUUUUUUUUUUUUAAAUCAACAUUUUUAAUCCCUACUUUUUAAAGUGUUUUAUUUGCCAGGAACAUGUCUCCAGUUUUGUAUCUCCCAUAUCAGAACAGGCCUACAGCUGCCAUGUUAGAGAGCAUAGAUACAGUCGGUAUGUAGUCAUAAUCGUGGCUACUGCCCCCAGUUGUCAUGGAUACUGUGGCUGAAAUGCCCCACGUGGGGAAAAAUGAUCUUGUGAUUUCACCCAUUGAUUCCCAUAGUGUGCUUUUAGCAUGUUUUCCCUCAAUGUGGGGGCGGGAACCGUUCUGCCGACUGUAUCUAUAGUGGCGGUGAAACAGUCCAUCUGUGUUGUGCAGCAUGCACUCACACACAAACACACACACACACAAACACACACACAUAAAUUCAUAUGCAUGUAAACACCCUCUUCACACACACACGUGCACAAACACCUGCACGCGCUCCUGAUUGCCAGUGCCUUGGAUGUAAAAAGGGGCCGGAUAGCGUGUCCUAGUCUCAGGCCAUUUCCACCAGGCCUUGUUUUCCUGUCAUGGGCUUUGGAGAGAGGCUGACUUGAUGUGGGCUGAAAAGGGUAGCGGAUCUUUGUUUUUGUGCUUAGGGGAGACAAGAGCCCCAUUGUGCUUGUGUGCUUGUGUUUAGAUUGGCCUGCAGUCAUCCGAAGAACCGGAGGGCAUAGCUGGGGAUGGCUGCCAGUGUGAGGCGGUUUUGGCUCAUGGUUGAACAAGUGAACUUGUGCCUAGAUGUGUGUACAGGACAAUGAGGGUGUGAAUACUCAUAAAUUCUGAGAUGUUAACCACUUAUGAGUUCAGGUGUUCAUGCUUUAUUUUCUUUGGAACAACUGCUGUUAUUGGUCUAUUUUCUUGUUUUGCUUGCUGCAUUUUAAUGCGCUGGUGGGGUGCUUUGGCAUCAGAAACAGUACUCUACAUUGUGUACAGGGAAUAGCCUGAUGGUGUGUUCCAAGCAAUGUGUCUCUUGUCAGAUUUACCUAAUCAUUUCAGAUCAUCUUUUUGUUUUGUAUUUAUUUGUCAGUGGUUUUGUGUGCAUCUACAUGUUUGCAAGCCCUGUUGAAGCGUGCCUUGGGCAGCACUCAAGCAAACUCCACUCAAAGGUGUGGUCCUUGAAGGAUCUUUUUUUUCUCCUAGGAUACGAAAUGACGUGUGCCGAAUGAUGUACAUCAAAUGUUUCAUUUCACCGGUCAUCAUUCUUUACUGCAGUUUUUGUUUUCUCAAAUCCUUGUCAAAAGCUUUAUCAUUGUCGGUUUGAAAGUUACAAAUAGAACAUGACUCUUGGUUAAAGUAUUCCUGGAAAUCCUCCCAGGGGACAUACGUUUUCGGAUUUCCCCUGCCUUUGAGCUGUGGUGGUUUGGCUGCGUGUGUUGUGGACCCUCUUCGUUGCAUGGGCCACCCAGUCUUCUGCUGAUUAAGAUCAAUUGGCUGUCAUCAUGGUUAUAGCACUUAGACAGAGAGAGAGAGAGAGAGAGAGAGAGAGAGAGAGAGAGUAUAGUAUGUGCUAUGUGCGUGUGUGUGAGUCUACUUAGCCUCAGAUGUGAAUUCUUGUUAAGGGGGUCAUGUAGCUGUGGUUUCGACCAUGCCCUGACCUCAAGGUUUAGUUAUUCUUGGCCAGGCCGCAGGACAUGAGUCCGAGAAAGACAAAGGAGUUUCAAAGGAGUCACUGCUGAAUCAACACAUGCAUAGUUUGUGUCUGUUGUGCUGUGCACAUGGUAUUGGGAGUCCAUGAGUCUGGUAGAUAAAAAUAAUCUUGUAUCUUGCAAAAACAGCCCAAUCCAUUCAAAUGUUGCCACUGGAAAAAAGCUCCAGAACUAUAACAUGAGACUAUCUAGAACAGCUGUAGCCGUGUGUGUGUGUGUGUGUGUGUGUGUGUGUGUGUGUGUGUGUGUGAGAGAGAGAGAGAGAGAGACAGAGAGAGAAAGAAAGAUAGUGUAUGUGUGAGUGCGUGUUCAGUGUUUGUUCUUCAUGUGCAUUACCUCUAGGUUCCCCAUGACAGCUGUUGUCAUAACCACCACAGGUGUCAUUUCCAGUGUGCCAUAACGUUCUUGUGAGAACAAUCACAAGUAGUGUGUUCCACUGCCUUCUCUCAUUCCUCUGGAGAACCGUGGCUAUUCCAUUUACUCCCACACACUCCACAUUAUUUCCUAGUCUUAGCCUUUUUUUCGUUUCUACUGUCAAGCUGCCUUCACUGACACUGGAAAGACUUUAAAAAAAUGUUUCUCAUUUGCUCAGGCCCACUGAAGUGAAGUAGUUCUAGAGCAGACCAGGGCCGGGUUUCCCAGAUUCGUUAAGAAGCUCUUAAGUGCUAAGAACUUCUUAGGAGCGUUCUUAGCGCGCUCCUAAGCAGUUCUUAGCACUUAACGAAUCUGGGAAACCCGGCCCUGGUCUCUCUGGUGCUGGCACUGUUCUGCAGGCCCGGUGCCAGAUCAGGCGCUGCCAGAGCCAACAGCUGAGUGAGACUUCUCUUCACAAAAGAAAGUGGUCAGACCUGCGACCUCAGUUAUGUAUUCCCUUUCACUAGAGUUUUUUCUUUUUUCCAUGUAAAUAUAUUUAUUCAGUUUUGUUUCAUAUUUGGAAGAGAUGCUGUUUGCCUACACUAUAUGGCUGAGUGCAUUCCAAUGUGUUGUGUAUAUAACUGUGUUUUUUUUAUGAAACUGAUUGAUUGCAUGUUUGGACUCCAUUUGAUCAAAACCCUUCUAUGUGUACAUAUUCUCUGUAUAAAAUACUAGGAGGUUCUUUAAAAAAGUUUCAAGUUGAAAGCAAAAAAAUGAGAAUAAAAUGGUCUUUUCCACAUCUCUAGAAGACCAUUGUCAUUAUUGUGUUAGUUUUGUACAUCACACUGUAGCUGCUGAUAAUGUAAUAACAGCCAAUAUAACAUUUUUGAUGCA